AUGGCUUCUGCUGAACUCGCCGCAACUUACGCAGCCCUCGCCCUUGCCGACGCUAGUCAUGAGAUUACUUCCGAAAAGAUUAUUGCUCUCACUAGCGCGGCGGGCAUAGAACUCGAGCCUAUUUGGGCAACAUUGCUCGCCAAGGCGCUUGAGGGAAAGAACGUAAAGGAUCUCUUGUCGAACGUUGGUGGCGGAGGAGCACCUGCUGCUGGUGCCGCUGCCCCCGCGGCUGCUGCUGCAGGAGGUGCUGCCCCCGCAGAAGCAGCGAAAGAGGAGAAGAAAGAGGAGGAGAAGGAGGAGUCAGACGAUGACAUGGGUUUCGGUCUCUUCGAUUGA